GCGCAGUGCAGGCUCGAGGCGCCGCGCCGAGGAGGCUGCCGCUCUGGCUCGCCGCCCCCCGUCACCGCUCCGCACCGGGCACCCGUCGCCGCGCCGCGGGCCAUGGACCUGCCCAGGGGCCUCCUGGUGGCUUGGACGCUCAGCCUGUGGCCAGGGUUCACGGACACCUUCAACGUGGACACCAGGAAGCCGCGCGUCAUCCCUGGCUCCAGGACAGCCUUCUUCGGCUACACGGUGCAGCAGCACGCCAUCAGCGGCCAGAAGUGGCUGGUUGUGGGCGCUCCAUUGGAAACCAACGGCCACCAGAAGACAGGAGACGUGUACAAGUGUCCGGUGACCCAGGGGAACUGCACCAAGCUCAACCUGGGAAGGGUCACCCUGUCUAACGUGUCUGAGCGGAAGGACAACAUGCGCCUCGGCCUCAGCCUGGCCACCAACCCCAAGGACAACAGCUUCUUGGCCUGCAGCCCCCUCUGGUCUCACGAGUGCGGGAGCUCCUACUACACCACGGGGAUGUGUUCACGAGUCAACUCCAACUUCAGGUUCUCCAAGACCGUGGCCCCAGCUCUCCAAAGGUGCCAGACCUACAUGGACAUCGUCAUUGUCCUGGAUGGCUCCAACAGCAUCUACCCCUGGGUGGAGGUCCAGCACUUCCUCAUCAACAUCCUGAAGAAGUUUUACAUCGGCCCUGGGCAGAUCCAGGUUGGAGUGGUUCAGUAUGGAGAAGACGUGGUACAUGAAUUUCACCUCAAUGACUACAGGUCUGUAAGAGAUGUGGUGGAAGCAGCCAGCCACAUUGAGCAGAGGGGAGGAACAGAGACCCGGACGGCGUUUGGCAUCGAAUUUGCUCGCUCAGAGGCUUUCCAGAAGGGCGGAAGGAAAGGGGCCAAGAAGGUGAUGAUUGUCAUCACCGAUGGGGAGUCCCACGACAGCCCGGACCUGGAGAAGGUGAUCCAGCAAAGCGAGAGGGACAACGUGACCAGAUACGCUGUGGCCGUCCUGGGCUACUACAACCGCAGGGGGAUCAAUCCAGAAACUUUUCUAAACGAAAUCAAAUACAUCGCCAGUGACCCCGAUGACAAGCACUUCUUCAACGUCACUGACGAGGCGGCCCUGAAGGACAUUGUCGAUGCCCUGGGGGACAGGAUCUUCAGCUUGGAAGGCACCAACAAGAAUGAAACCUCCUUCGGGCUGGAGAUGUCACAGACAGGCUUUUCCUCUCACGUGGUGGAGGAUGGGAUUCUGCUGGGAGCUGUUGGCGCCUAUGACUGGAACGGAGCUGUGCUAAAGGAGACCAGUAGCGGGAAGGUCAUUCCUCUCCGCGAGUCCUACCUGAAGGAAUUCCCCGAGGAGCUCAAGAACCACGGCGCAUAUCUGGGUAAGAGCCAGAGCCAGAGCCGAGGGUGGCUGAUGGGCGCCAUCCUGUUCACCAUGCACGACAACCGCAGUCUCACCAUCCACCAGGCCCUGCGGGGUGAGCAGAUAGGCUCUUACUUUGGGAGUGAGAUCACCUCGGUGGACACCGACGACGACGGUGUGACGGACGUCCUACUGGUGGGCGCGCCCAUGUACUUCAGUGAGGGCCGAGAGCGGGGCAGGGUGUACGUCUACAACCUGAGACAGAACCGGUUUGUCUAUAACGGAACGUUGAAGGAUUCCCACAGUUACCAGAACGCCCGAUUCGGGUCCUCCAUAGCGUCGGUUCGGGACCUGAAUCAGGAUUCCUACAACGACGUGGUGGUGGGGGCCCCUUUGGAGGACAACCACGGAGGAGCCAUCUACAUCUUCCACGGCUUCCCAGGCAGCAUCCUAAAGACGCCGAAGCAGAGAAUCGCUGCCUCAGAGCUGGCUCCAGGCCUCCAGUAUUUUGGCUGCAGCAUCCAUGGGCAACUGGACCUCAACGAGGACGGGCUCGUGGACCUGGCGGUGGGCGCCCUUGGCAAUGCUGUGAUUUUGUGGUCCCGCCCCGUGGUUCAGAUCAAUGCCAGCCUCCACUUUGAGCCGUCCAAGAUUAACAUCUUCCACAGGGAUUGCAAACGCAGCGGCCGAGACGCCACCUGCCUGGCCGCCUUCCUCUGCUUCACACCUGUCUUCCCGGCAACCCAUUUCCAGACGGCGACAGUUGGCAUCAGGUACAACGCCACCAUGGACGAGAGGCGGUACACGCCGCGGGCCCACCUGGAUGAGGGCGGGGACCGAUACACCAACAAGGCUGUCCUGCUCCUCUCGGGCCAGGAACACUGUGAUCGGAUCAACUUCCAUGUGCUGGAGACCGCUGACUACGUGAAGCCAGUGACCUUCUCAGUCGAGUAUUCCCUGGAGGACCCCGACUACGGCCCCAUGCUGGACGACGGCUGGCCCACUACCCUCAGAGUCUCGGUGCCCUUCUGGAACGGCUGCAGUGAGGACGAGCACUGUGUCCCGGACCUCCUGCUGGACGCCCACAGUGACCUGCCCACAGCCAUGGAGUACUGUCAGAGGGUGUUGAGGAAGGCUGCCCAGGACUGCUCCGCAUACACACUAUCCUUCGACACCACGGUUUUCAUCAUAGAGAGCACGCGCCGGCGGGUGGCGGUGGAGGCCAUGCUGGAGAACCAGGGCGAGAACGCCUAUAGCACCAUCCUAAAUAUUUCACAGUCAGCAAACCUGCAGUUUGCCAGCUUGAUCCAGAAGGACGACUCGGACGGCAGCAUCGAGUGCGUGAACGAGGAGCGGAGACUCCACAGGAAAGUCUGCAAUGUCAGCUACCCCUUCUUCCGGGCCAAGGCCAAGGUAGCUUUCCGUCUCGAUUUCGAGUUCAGCAAAUCCGUCUUCCUGCACCACCUGGAGAUCCAGCUCAUUGCGGGCAGUGACAGCGAUGAGGAGGAGAGCACCAAGCAGGACAACACGGCGCUCCUGCGCUUCCACCUCAAGUACGAGGCUGACGUGCUCUUCACCAGGAGCAGCAGCCUGAGCUACUACGAGGUCAAGCCCAACAGCUCACUGGAGACAUAUGAGGGCACCGGGCCUCCCUUCAGCUGCGUCUUCAAGGUCCAGAACUUGGGCUUGUUCCCCAUCCACGGCGUGGUGAUGAAGAUCACCAUUCCUAUCGCCACCAGGGGCGGCAACCGCCUGCUGAUGCUGAGGGACUUCCGCACUGACCAGGUGAACGCGUCCUGUAACAUCUGGGGGAACAGCACCGAGUACCGGCAGGCCCCCACAGAGGAAGACUUGAGUCGAGCCCCACAGCUGAAUCACAGCAACUCUGACGUCGUCUCCAUCAGCUGCAACAUGAGGCUGGCCCCCAACCAGGAAAUCAAUUUCCAUCUGCUGGGGAACCUGUGGUUGAGAUCCCUGAAGGUGCUCAAGUACAAGCUGAUGAAGAUCGCGGUCCAUGCAGCCUUGCAGAGGCAGUUCCACAGUCCCUUCAUCUUCCGCGAGGAGGAUCCCAGCCGCCAGAUCACGUUUGAGAUUUCCAAGCAAGAAGACUCCCAGAUCCCCAUCUGGAUCAUUGUGGGCAGCACACUGGGGGGCCUCCUGCUGCUGGCCCUGCUGGUCCUGGCACUGUGGAAGCUCGGCUUUUUUAAAAAUGCCAAGCGCAGGAGGGAGCCCAGCCUGGACCCCCCCCCCAAAGUGCUGGAGUGAGGCUCCCGAGGAGGCUGCAAGUCGAUGGGGGCCAGGACCCCAGCCCAGGCGGUGUGCAGGCCCAGGCCCGGGACCCCACCGAGCUGGGGCGGACAGGACGCCAGCUCGCUUUGCACUUGACCUCAUCUCCUGAGAGAGGAGCCUGCUCCCUCUGGAAAGGAAGUCAAGCCAGUUUAAGAGGGACUGCCCUACUGGUUGACCAAGACACCUCCAACACAGAUCCCUAGGGACUUAA